AUGGCCGAUAUUACCAAUGUUACCGAGUCAAUGCGAAAGAUCAACUUGCACGAUGUACUCGAAGAACCAGAGCAGUUGGUAUUCAGUCCCCACCUCGAUGAUGGUGUAGCAGAAAAAGUCAUGAAUAACGUUCCUCGCUAUCUCUUUCGGGUGGCUACACCCAAAUCGGACGGAAUGACGAAUGAAAUAUGGGUUCGGUCGGAUGCGGCCCUCAAGGAUAGAACAGCUUCGAUGGAGGACAUUUUCUACAACUUGAAUACCAAGAAGCGAACAGAGGUAGCCAAGAUACUCAACAUGCAUCUCAGGUGGAAAAAGAAAGAGAGUCUGUUAGACAAUUUCGUGUCGUGGACUAGCUCGCUCCUCUUCGCAAUCCAGUACAUCUACUAUCGACACCAUACCGACGACACACCUCUUGAAGAGAUCAAGUUGUUCGUCAUCGAUACAUCAAUGUUUCCUAGAGGAACAUUCAUGAGAGAUUUGGAUUUGAUAGAUAUCUUUUAUGACUAUAACAAACGUCUGAGAAGCUUCCGAUCUCUGCGCAAGGGAGGUACAUACUAUUUUGGAGAAUAUCUUUCGCAGGGGUCAUUGAAAAUCGAGAGCAAAUGUCAAUUGAUCUCUGCGGAUUUGAUCUUCGAGCAGGAUAGGCUUCGUCGCAUCCAGCCUCAUUUCGCUUCUAUAAGGAGCAGAACCUCGGAAUGGGCCAAGCCCGUUGAUCGUCUUCGUCGAGAUAUCUGGUCAGGUCCCGCUUUGGAUUCCAUCACCUCGACAGAAAUGGGUGAUCGCUUGCAGGCUAUUGAAGAAAUCAUGUCGCAUAUUUCUGCUCGCUGGCAAUUCCCUGUUGCGGUAUAUUUUGCAGCACUCAUCGGUGCGGAAACAUCAAGCAAUGAUCAAGGAAGCGCAGAUGACGAUGUAUUAUUUGCAAAGUUUCAUUCUGGCGCUUUUGGCUAUCUCCAAGGAAUGCACGAAUUCCGACCAUCAAACUUCAAAAUUAUCGCACCGGAUACAACCCCCGAGUUGAAGCAAGUCGAAAAAUUGGCUCGGGAGAUAUAUAAGUAUUCAUUUUUAAGAAGAGCACGGGACCGUCUGUACCAUGCCGAAUUGAUUAUCCGUACAUUGCACACCGGAAGCCUUUCUCUCGAGAAUGGACAUGGUUCUGUUACAGCUGACCCGAACCCGGUGCUGACUCGAGCUAGUCAAGCGGUUGUGUUAAAGCUUCGGCGGGUAGAGAUGAUGUGUCAUGAGCUGGCAAUGGCGCUUUCAUUCGAGGAUGAUGAGUAG